UAAGCACUCAUUUCCGCACUGUCGCGUUAUUGAAAUUAGAUCGCUUGUCGCGAAAAAUUUCAUUUUGUCUGUAAGUUUCCCGCUCGGCGUGUUUUCUAUUUGUCUUUUUUGUCAAAUAAAUAUGUCUCAAACGCACAAUCUCCAAAGAGCAAUUAUCGAGGCCGUAGGAAGAGCAGUACACGAGGCACUGCGAGAUCAACAUGAAGAGUCCUCUGAUGCAGCUACUGCCCACGAAAAUAAUAAUGAACCACAGAAUUCCAACUCAAAUGAUGAAAAUGAGGGUAACAAUUCAGGAAGAGUUGGUCGACCAAAGAAAAUAAUUCCAAGGGAUGUAUUGGAAAAUUUGCUUCAGUUACGACUUACGAUUGUGGAAAUUGCCAGACAGUUGAAAGUCGACAGGUCAGUGGUCUACAAAGCAAUGUCGGAGUAUGGGUUGUAUCGAGAAAACUUUUCACAAUUGUCACAAGACGAAAUAGAGAAAGAAGUGGACGCCAUUAAACAAAAUCAUCCUAAGGCUGGCGAGGUCAUGGUUCAAGGGUACCUUGAAUCUAGGGGUCUUUACAUUCAGCGACAAAUGUGAAAAAAGCCAUUCAUAUGGUUGAUCCAUUAGGUGUCGAAGAGAGAAAAAGUAAACCAAUAAAGCGUCGCAUUUAUACUAAUCCUUUUCCCAACUAUACUUGGCAUAUUGAU